AUGGCCUCCAGUCCUGCCAGCAGCCAGGCUACGAAUGAAGACCCCACUGGGCCACUCUCAUCUGCCUCCCAGGCCACAUUGACUAUAACACCUCAGAAUGCCGAGGCGAGACUAGCCUUCUCUGAAGUUGCCGACUGGGUGAUUGAAAGAUCUCAAGGAAGCCAAGACGACGAAAAGGACCAAGCAAGGACGCAAGCGAGCAACUUCAUGUGGACUUCGCCCAGGCACAUCCGCGAUGCAGAGGUUGGAACACUCAUAGCGCAGAUCAGGACUGGGUAUCUGUCAUCCUCAUCUCCGAGUUCCUCCUUCAGCCUGUAUGACAAUCCAAAGACUGUCUCCAGCCCAGCAGACACCGCCGAGGCGCAAUCUGCCGUCGGGAAAUACAUCCGGACGGGGUGUUACUUCGUUGAUCUUACUCAUCCGCCGACCAACGUCUUCCGCGGAUGGAUAGCCGGUCGGCGAACCUCAAGCGGGUCGCCUGAUGAAUUCGUCCUGUGUCUCGAGAAUACUGCUCUUCUUGGCAUUCGACAACAUCAUGCUCUGUUCCAGGUCCAUCAAACCGGCAGAAUUGCGCUGAGGAAGCUCUCAGACCGGGGUAUCGUAGAAGUUGACGGCGAUGCGCUGCAACCAAGAGAAGUCCGUGUCCUGAACAAGCACUCAUCAUUUGUUCGUCUCGGUCAGUUGAAGUAUGAGAUCGCAUACUCACGCUUCAGCAUGGCUGAGGAACACACAGCAAUACUUGGCCGAUACAUACAGACACUCUAUCGUCAGCCGAGUCCCCCGGACCUCAGCUUCACGCCAACUCCAGCAGCGGGAAACACCAUUCAAGUCGGUCAAUGGACCCUGACUACUGCGGGAACUGUCGGUACAGGCGGCGAGGGCCGCGUGAGCGUCGGCGUGAACAAUGCGGGAGAGGUUGUCGCUUUGAAGAGAAUCUCGGUGUCAAAAAACGGCUUUGCUCCCAAACGACGCCAGAACACACUGGAAAGGCUGACGCAUCUGGCCGAUAUGGCUAACAACGAUCGCAUUGUCCGUCUUCGCGAGGUCAUCACCGAUGACCCUAAAGCGAACAAUGCGUCUGCCGAUAUGUGGUUUGUUCUGACUCCUUUUGCGCCAAAGACACUGGCCCAGUGUAUCAGUCCCGCGAAGUCCGUCCAAGUUCUGACGAUGAUAGUAUCGCUACUGGAGGCGCUCGAUUUCCUCCACUCCAACGGUUGGAUACAUGGCGAUAUCAAACCCACAAACAUCGGUGUACAUCACUGGGACCCAGAAAAAGCAUCGGUCGUUCUCCUCGACAUCGAGGAUGCCAUCCACGCUCCCCAAGGCUAUGCUUUACCCUUACCAGGAUGCACUGGAACAGUUGGCUGGCUCUCCCCAGAGAGAGAACUCCAACAAUUCAACUUCUCAACGGAUGUCUGGGCCGUUGGCGUUACCGCCUUGUGGAUGCUAUAUGGCAGGCACCCCUGGCAAUUGAGUAUUAAUCCCUGGCGUCAAGGGCAAGAAUUUGAAAAUAAGCGCCAGCUGUUUCACCGUCAGUAUGAGGAUGUCACUGGAUGGAUAGCCAAUUCCAAUCCCAAAGCACUGGGUAAAGCGAUACUCCAGAUGAUUCGGCACCCGUUCGCCCGCACAGAGGAACAGAGGAGCCAAAGGCCAGGCUGCCGAGAGAUUCUUAACAUCUUGCGGGCGCUGGAUGGCAAACGUGAGGUCACGGAUGGUCCACCAUCGAAACGAAGUCGCAUGGACAUGCAAUGA